AGAGGAGUUUCGGACUUUUCAACAGAUUAAAAAGUUACCCUCCGUGCUCACAUGGACUCAGGACUUAUAUGGGUUUAGGCACGAUGGCUUAUUGAAUGAGCUGAGGUCAGGACAUGAUCAUCGAGGCUUCACUGAAAUCUGGGAUCUGUUCAAAUCUGCUUUACAAGAACAUCAACUCUCUGUGACGUGAAGAACCUCAGUCGCUUUAAAGCUUUGAGGCAAAUGAACGAUAACCGAUUUUGGUGAUUGAGCCGAGGGUCUACUUGUGAGCCACCAUGGCCGACUGGAACCUUUUAGGGAAGCUGCUGGAGAGCGCCCAGGAACACUCCACUGUUGUGGGCAAAGUCUGGCUCACGGUCCUAUUUAUCUUCCGCAUCUUGGUGCUGGGAGCAGCUGCAGAGAAGGUGUGGGGCGAUGAACAGUCCAGCUUCACGUGCGACACCAAACAGCCCGGUUGUCAAAACGUCUGCUACGACAAGACCUUCCCCAUUUCUCACAUCCGCUUCUGGGUGAUCCAGAUCAUUUUCAUCUCUGUGCCCACUCUGAUCUAUCUGGGUCACAUCCUCCAUCUUGUUCGCAUGGAGGAAAAACAGAAGGAGAAACUGAAGGAACUUGCCAGUAUGAAUGAAAACAACCAGCAGCAGUUACUGAGCAAUAAGACCAAAAAGCCCUCAAUAAAAGACACCCAGGGUCAUGUGCGUCUGCAGGGUGCACUUCUUAGAACCUAUGUUUUCAAUAUCAUAUUCAAGACUCUUUUUGAAGUGGGAUUUAUUGUAGCUCAGUACCUUCUGUAUGGGUUUCAGCUCAAGCCGAUGUACACCUGCAGCCACUGGCCUUGUCCUAACACAGUGAACUGUUACGUCUCCCGGCCCACGGAGAAGACCAUCUUCAUCCUUUUCAUGCUAGCAGUGGCUUGUGUGUCCCUGCUCCUCAACCUGAUAGAAAUGUACCAUCUAGGUUUCACAAAAUGCCACCAGGGUCUUCGCUAUAGGCGAUCAAAAGCUGCACUUAAAGCUUCCAAGUCCCUAAACGAGGGAGUCAUGCCCUUUGCUCCGAACUACACCUACGUAACAGGUCCCAAUGGGAUGUCUGAACCCKUCCCCGCCGACUCAAAGUACGUCCUAACGGACCCGAGCUCGGCGUACAGCCCCUACAACAGCAAGGCAGUUUACAAACAAAACAGAGACAACAUGGCUGUGGAGCACAAAGGCAGGGGAGAGGGAGAUGACGUGGACAAGGCGAAAAUAUCCAGUCCUGUCUCUGAGACCCCUGUGGAAAAUCAGCGCAAAAACAGUCAAUCGAGUAAGCACAGCAUAAACAAGGGCAGGCUGGAUGACCUGAAGAUCUAAAAACUUUCCAUUUUUAAAUCAAAGACUCAGGAACUCCAGGAAAAACCACUAUAGAAUGUAAAGAUGUUUACUUUUAAGGCAUCAAAUUAUCUCUAAAAGCUUAGAGACAAACAGUGGGUGUAGAACUCCCAGGUCCGUUGUGCUGACUUGAGUUAAGCUGAGUUUACUCAAGUUAAAAUUAGUUGACUUGAGAUCACUGAGUUUAGUUGAGUUGUGUUCACUCAGGUUAGUUUAGUUUACAAAACUGACCUGAGUUGAUAAAGUUUUGUUGAGCUGAUUUAAUUUAAUUGAUUUGUGUUGGGUUUACUUGACUUUUGACUUGAAUUGAUUGAGUUUAGUGAGUUGACUGACUUGGGUUGAGAUUACUUAACAUGACUUUAGUUGACAGAGUUCAGUUAAAAGAAGUUGAGGUAAUUCAAGCUGAGCUACGCUGAGAGGAACAGUGCACAUUAAUAGACACUCUAAAUUAGGGGUGUCCUGAUACUAGUUUUUCAUUGAACCAAGUACACGUACGAGUACUCACUGAUACAGAGUACUUACUGACUCACAUAUUAUAUUACACAAUGACUUUAAAACACAUUGCUUUUAUUUUUAACAAGG